AUGGAAUACGAAGCAUUCGAGGACAUUGAGAAGGGAGGCGGUGCUCUGCGCACCCUCAAGGAUUUGGCCUCUGGCGCCGCGGGUGGCAUGGCACAGGUUCUUCUGGGUCAACCGUUUGAUAUCGUCAAGGUCCGCCUUCAAACCACCACCCAGUACUCGAGUGCGCUGGAUUGCGCAACCCAGAUCUUCAAGAACGAAGGCCCCGCAGCUUUCUACAAGGGAACCUUGACUCCCUUGAUCGGAAUUGGUGCCUGUGUCAGCGUGCAAUUUGGAGCCUUUCACCAAGCUCGCCGGAAGCUUGAAGAGCUGAACCAGAAAAAAUAUGCCAACGGCGCCUUAUCCUACGGACAGUACUACAUGGCCGGUUCGUUCGCCGGUGUCACCAACUCCGUUCUCUCGGGUCCCAUCGAGCACGUCCGUAUCCGUUUGCAGGCACAGCCCCACGGCGCUGGUCGUCUCUACUCGGGCCCCAUUGACUGUGUUAAGAAGCUCUCUGCUCACGACGGCGCCAUGCGCGGUCUGUUCCGCGGUCAGGCAGUGACUGUUCUACGUGAGGCCCAAGCGUAUGGUACUUGGUUCAUGGCCUUUGAGUACAUGAUGAACCAGGAUGCGAAGCGCAACAACGUGAAACGCGAGGAUAUUGGAGCCAUGAAGGUCGCCACCUAUGGUGGUCUCGCUGGUGAGGCACUGUGGCUGUCUAGUUAUCCGUUUGAUGUGGUGAAGAGUAAGAUGCAGACCGACGGGUUCGGUGCCAACCAGAAGUUUUCCAGUAUGCGCGACUGCUUUAAGAAGACCUAUGCUAUCGAGGGUCUUGGUGGGUUCUGGAAGGGCAUCGGUCCUACCCUGCUAAGAGCAAUGCCCGUGUCCGCGGGUACUUUUGUUGUUGUCGAGCUCACCAUGAAGGCUCUGGGCUAA